GUGUUCUCUAUGCAUUCAGUCAGUGGUUACUGGUCUAACAGUGUAUGUCGUAAUGUGUGGAAAAAUACAGGUGAACAGAGGUUUUAAUGAUUCGUGUCCUUCACGAGCGGUUUGUGUGACUGAAGUUUCUUGGCUCUUUACCUGAGAGGUGUGAACUGGAUCAUGGGCUCUGAAGACGUCCUCAAGAGUGCAUCAACUCUCGCAUCCUACAACGUCCUGCUUCAGGUUCUGUUCCGGGUGCUUACUUUCCUCCUGAACGCGUUCACACUGCGCUUCGUGUCCAAGGAGUUGAUAGGUGUGGUAAACGUCAGAUUGACGCUGCUGUACUCCACACUGGUCUUCCUGUCCAGAGAGGCGUUCAGGAGGGCGUGUCUAAGCGGAGAAGGGGCGGGGCGUAACUGGAGACAGGUUAUCAACCUGUUAUGGCUUACGUUACCACUCGGCUGUCUCUGGGGUGUGUUACUGGUGUGUGUGUGGCUGUGGCUACUCCAGGCUCCAGACCCUCAGACUGUCCCACAUUAUGGACCUGCUGUGGGAAUCUUCUGCAUGGCCGCUCUAACCGAGUUGCUCGCUGAGCCUCUCUGGGUUCUUGCUCAUGCUCAUAUGCUUGUUCGCUUAAAGGUGAUUGCGGAAAGUCUAGCAAUAAUUGCUAAGUGUCUUGUCACCGUGAUGAUGGUGGUCUCUGCUCCUCAGUGGGGUCUCUAUAUAUUCUCUGCUGCCCAGUGUGUGUAUGCAGUGUUCUUGUGUCUUUGCUACGUUGUCUACUUCAUGCAUUUCCUGGGUUCUGAGGAAGCACGGAAGAAGUUCUUUCCGCUGCGCCACAUCUCAGAGGUGCUGCCCACCAGAAUGAACGGACAGCCACUGAUAAACUGGAAGCUUGCCACACUGACUUGGAGUUUCUUCAAACAAUCUUUCCUCAAACAGAUUCUCACAGAAGGCGAGCGUUACGUGAUGACAUUUCUGAAUGUGCUCAACUUUGGAGACCAGGGGGUGUAUGAUAUUGUGAAUAAUCUUGGCUCGAUGGUGGCUCGGUUUCUCUUCCUGCCUAUUGAGGAGAGUUUCUACGUAUUCUUCGCCAAGGUGUUAGAGCGGGGACGUGACAUACAGCAUCAGAAACAAGAGGAGGUCUCUAUCGCAGCUCAUGUACUGGAAUGUCUGCUGAAACUGGUUCUUCUGAUCGGUCUGAUUAUCACUGCGUUUGGUUACUCCUACUCUUACCUGGCCCUCGAUAUGUACGGAGGGGAACUUUUGAGCAGUGGAACAGGUCCCUCGCUUUUACGCUGUUACAGUUUUUACGUACUACUUUUAGCCAUUAAUGGCGUAACAGAGUGUUUUGUUUUUGCUGCCAUGAGUAAGGAGGAGGUAGACAGGUAUAACCUGGUUAUGCUGGGACUAUCUGCCUCCUUCCUGCUGCUUUCCUAUUGGCUGACUUGGCUGUUUGGGGGUGUCGGCUUCAUCCUGGCAAACUGCUGCAACAUGGCUUUGCGGAUUAUCCAUAGCCUUAUUUACAUACACCGCUACUUCCAGCACAGUGACUACACCCCUCUGUCAGGACUCCGCCCACAUCCUGCACUCUUAAUUACCCUCACAAUAAGUUCCAUCCUGACAGCCUUCUCAGAGCAUAAGCUGUGUUGUGACAGUGGCUGGUUGCUGAGGCUGGCGCAUGUCUCCAUUGGAGCAGUUUGUUUACUGGUUGUGGUCAUAGUGGCGUUUCUCACAGAAACAAGACUUGUUCAGUUCGUCAGAACUCAGCUACUACCCAAAUACAGCAAAAAACACACAUGAUCUUACAUCCACAAACAAUCGGUGGGACCUGUCAGUUUCGAGUUGGAUCAUGUAUUGCCUUGAUAAAUUUAGGCAUCUGUCAGAACUAUGCAGAUAAUCCACAAAUAUCCACAUUAUAAUUCUUUGCCUCAGGGUGGUUGCUGUGUUUGGAAACUUGUAUAUUGUUUUAUUAUUGGAGUAAUAAAAAAUUUAUUCAAAUUUCUAUUUCAAAAGCAAUCAUUAAAAUCUGAUGUUACAAAA